CCUCCAAGGUCGACUCCUGCCCCCCUCCUUCUCUCCCUCUCUCACUCUCGCAAACAAACCCAGAGAGUGUAGAAAGAUCAAGCGGGGAGCCUUAGUAUUCGUUCACCAAUCUUUGUCCGCCAUUGUAGACGAACCCAUCAAACCCUUUUUCCCCUUAUCCUGUCUGGUUCAGUCUCCGAUCUUCUCUUCUCCUCGAAGAACCGCCGAAAACGAUAGAAGCAAUGCCGACCCACCAGCGCAAACGCCUCCGCGAUGCCGACGGAGUUGAAGACCGUCCUCGUCGGCUCGAAGACGGUGAAAAUCAUGAGGACAAGCCGGAGGAAGAAGAUCGUGACGAUCAUGACGAUGCUGAAGCUGAAGGAUCUGAUCGGAGCUCCUUUUCAAGCGAGGGGAAGAAUAAAGAAUUUGUCAUGGUAAACUUGUCCGAAAUUCACAAGGACGUGCAGUGUCCGAUCUGUCUAGGCAUCAUUCGUAAGACUCGUACUGUGAUGGAAUGCCUUCACCGCUUCUGCAGGGAGUGCAUUGACAAAUCCAUGCGCCUCGGAAACAACGAAUGCCCUGCUUGCCGAACGCACUGUGCUAGUCGUCGAUCAUUGAGAGACGAUAAAAAUUUCGAUGCACUCAUUGCUUACCUGUAUCCGGAUAUUAACAAGUACGAGGAAGAGGAGUUAGCUUUCAGUGAGGUUGACAAGGCUCGUAGUAAGGAGAUCCAAGCCACUAUUGCUAAGGCAGUGAAGCGACAAUCUGAAGCCAUUGUCAAGAAACGAUCAUCCAAGAAGACAGCGGUGACAGAAUCACUUAGGAAAUCCCGUCAUAACCUUCGAGUUAAUUCGGUGAGAGGUAGGAGAAAUCUUCAGAGAGAUGACACAAGCAAUGACGAUGAUGAUGACAACGGAGAAAGAGAUUCCUCGUCUGGUGACGACCGUUCUAAGGAUGUCAGACCCAGAAGAAGAAGCAAGAGGGCUAGACGAGUUUGCUCUUCCCAACCUUCUGGAAGUAACAGUUCGGACAGAAGCAGCGAGGGAAACAGCUCAGAAAGAGUUAAAGAAUCAAAGGGAAGAGUCAGGAAGCUUUUGGGAUCUUCUGAGGGACUGGCGUGGGGCAAAGGUGGAGCAAGAAGUCACCCUCGUCAUGGAAAUGGGAGUGGAGGAAAUGGAAACGCCAGAAAUGGACAUAACAACCGAGUACCUAAGGUGGUGGAUCAUCUUCAGAGCCUGAAUAACCAAGAAAACGAGAUGAAUGUACACAUCAUGCUUGUGUCAAUGGACGAAAAGAAGAUACCCAAUUUGCAGAAGCCUUACCUCAGUUGCAGACAGAGUUUAACAGCGAAGUCCUUAUGCAGGUACAUUGCCCUUCAGAACGCAGCUCAAGCCAAUGAGAUUGAGAUAUACGUGGCGGCGAAGGAGCUUAGCUCCAAAUCCAUGGCGGUUGACCCGAGCAAAGAUGAACUGAGGAUUUUGAACAAGGAAGAGAAUCUUGGCGGGCUUAAGAUGUACGGCUACAACCGUGGCUAUGUGGUUCUUGCUUACCAGAAGAAGGGUUCGUACGAUAACGAGACAUGAUGACAACGAGAGAAGAGCCAAAGUGGGAUGUGUCAGAAACUCAGAACAUGCAAAGAAAAAUAAAACAAUACAGAGACUUUGCUAUAUACAUAUAAACCAUGCAAAAGAAUAAACUAUUUUUUUUUGGGGGAUUUGCCAAAAGCAUGAAAUGUUAUUGAAUAUUUUCCUUUUAUUCAUUAGCAAAGUUGAUUGAUUUAUACACAUGCACGUAUAGUAAUACACAAAUUAUCCAUGCAGUUAAUUGUAGUAGUUAUAUAUUUUUUUUCUGAGACAAAUAAAGAAAAAAUUCCGACAAGAGUGAACUUCCGGACAAGCUACGCCAAUAUCGGGUUUUGGUUUUUGUGGCAUCAAGAUUUGUCUCCAUGCAAUAAUAAACUAAAAAAAAGUUUUUUUUGUCACAUCAUAUUUUAUUUAUUUAACAAAAAAAAGGUUACAAGCAACAUCUGCAUGCAUCAACACCGUCAAAAACCAGAGAUUAGGGCGAGAUCCAACGGUCAUAACCGCUUUUAACAAAAGGCAAGCCAAAAAAAA